CGUCACAGGUCGUUGUUACGUGUAUUCACGAACACUUCAACGCAUUUCGUCUUCGGUUGUUUCUCGCGGGUAUGAGUUUACGUACCGGUGACAAGCUGCGCUCAAAUAUGAACGCAAUGACAUAAACGAGCCCCAGGAACCACCCAAGUCAAACACAAAACCUGCAACAUUGAGCGAUUCAAGAUGGUUUUAGAAUCCAUUUCAAGGAUAAUCAAAGUCCAACUUCCAGCAUACCUUAAGAGGCUUCCGCUUCCGGACACGAUCGGCGGUUUUGCGAGGUUAACAGUGUCUGAGUGGCUCCGGUUGCUGCCUCUCCUGGGUAUCCUGGCUCUGCUGGGCUAUCUGACAAUUCGCCCAUUCCUGCCUAAGAAGAAGAAGCAGAAAGACAGCCUGAUCAACCUGAAGAUCCAGAAAGAGAACCCAAAAGUGGUCAACGAGAUAGACAUCGAGGACCUGAACAGCGCUAACGUGUGUUACUGUCGCUGCUGGCGCUCCAAAACUUUUCCUGUUUGUGACAAGUCACACUUAAAGCACAAUGAGCUAACUGGAGACAACGUGGGACCGCUCAUACUCAAAAAGAAGAUACUAUAAUUGGCCACUGAAAGGAGUUUUCCUCUCACCUCCCUAGUCUUUAGUUUCAUUUCUCAACAGUUUUUUUUUUUUUUUGUCUUUUUCUUUUUUUAUAUGUAGAUGUCUCACCUUGGUGUCAUGUUAUUGUUGCUCAGAAAUGAGCAGUCUUUAUUUGAAGUGGUCCUAAUACAACUAAAAAUACUAAAUGCCAUAGUCUGAUUCUGUGAAAACGGUAUUUUAGGUUCUUUGACAUUGUGCAGUUGGAAUUCAUUCUUUCUUUAUGGGCUUUUGUUCAUUGUUUACUUUUGUUGUUCAACGGAGAAGCCUGACUGUGAAGAUGACUGUAAAUUUAAAUUUAAGUCCUGUCUCAGUUGUUUUUUUUUCUUUUUUAAAUCAAUUACAAAUCAUUGGGACCAGUUUGUGAGGAAAACUUGAAACGUAGAUGCAGUGACUUUAUGACUUUCAAUAAUCUAAACCCAUCAGGGUCAUUACGUUUUUUUUUUUUCCAGGUAAAUGGUUGUUUAAAUGAAAUGCCUAAUACUAGUCCAACCUGUAAGUAACACUUUGUACUGUAUGUCUUUUGGAAGAUUCUUUGGUAUUGUUUAACAGCCAGCCUUUUGUCUGUGUGCCAAAUAUCAACAUAAUGCUCACUCUUUCAGGUUGUGAUAUUCUCUUGUAAGUUAUUGUGUGUAUGGGAGGCUACUUGUUAUUCUUUAACUGUAUUUUGUUCAAAGCCUUUAAACAUUUGAGUUUUACAAUUUGUUUUCAACUCUGUUGCCUACAAACAUUUCACACCACUGCACCAUUGAGUAAUAUCCAGUUAUAACCUCAGAAAGUAACUCCUGCAGCAAACAUCUUUCGCUCUGUACCAUUUUUUUUUUCCUCCCUUUCUCUAGCUUCUGUAUUAUCAUAAAAGCUGUAUAUAGUUGAUCUGCUGCUGGAAUAUUCCUUCUUUAUUCAUCAUAAAUGCUUGUUACAUAAAUGGCUUGUAUUGUCAGAUCUG